AUGGCGGCAACCUCCUACUCCACAGACCCGACCCUCUACCUCUAUACCUCACUAACGGCCGGAUCAUCUCACAUUAUUACCGCGACUUCAAGACUGGAGACCAUUCUGAAAGCCAACAAGAUCCCGUUUCGGGCACUGGACUGCGCAACAGAUGAGAAAGCGCGCAUGCUCUGGGGCAGAAGAUCCAAGGGAAGAAAGCUGCCGGGCUUGGUCAAAUAUGGCGAAAUCAUCGGCGAUCUCGAGCAAAUCGAAGAGUGGAACGAGUAUGGAGAGCUCAAGGAACAGAUUGCAGCCACUCAAGAUUUUGGCGGUCUGACCACGUCCGCGAACCUGGCUCCACAAGUACCAGCGACGAGCACUGCUUCGACCCCUUCGAGGUCCGGUCCCCCCUCACGCGCCUCGUCCGAGACUCGCCACAUCUCCAUUGCGGAACCAUCAGAGAAGGAAAAGGAAAAGAAUGCGGUGGCCGGAGAUACAAGGCUUGCUGCGUCACAGAAGCCUGCUGAAAAUCCCAUGAAUGUGGCUUUUCGGCAGUUAGGUGCGGAGGCCGCAGCCAAAGCCACCCAAAAGAAAAGCGCUGCUGCUGCCCAAUCUCCCAAGGCUGCAGCCGAUAGAGUCGGCACAGAGGCAGCGGUAGAGUCGGCCGAUACAGCGGCGGAGGUCACGGCAGCCAAAACGCCAGCCCAACUCGCAUCGGAAGGGGCAGCCAGAACAUCUGUCGGCAAGAUUGCGGAGUCACAAGACAAAAUCGCCGUAGAUGCGGCCGAGGAUACAUCGCCCUCGAAAGAAGAACAGAUUCUCGAGAUGCGUCGGACAAGUAGCGUCACGAAGUCCAAGUCGAGGUUGAGUGACGUGACGCCCAUAGAAGAGAGCGACAAGGUUGUCGCAGAGCCGGAAGAGACAUCGACCACGUCACAAUCGUCGAUUGCCGUGCCGGACAAUGAAGUCAGCGCCAGUUCUUCUACGAGUUUAUCUACGCAGGCGACGCCCCGCAAGCAGCAUCGUGGGAGCGACAUCGGAGAAGCGUCCCCUGAAGAGAUUCGAGCGCUGGAGAAGAAGCUGAGUAUACCAGAGGAGGACGACGACGAUGCGGAAGAUGCCGUCGAGACGACGCAGAGCAAAGCGGCCGAAGUGUCUGGCACUGAUAAGGCUGAGAAUGCCGCCACAGAAGGGACCGAGCCACAGAAGACUGACCCCAAGGAUGCGGACAAGGCUGGCGUCAGCGUGGGUGACUAA